AUGUCUGUGUCUCAUUACUUAGCUAUUGAAUUGGAGAGAUACCUUCCAGACCCUCACCCGAAGUACGCCUACAACUAUGGCGUCAACGACCCGACGACCGGAGACGUGAAGGAGCAGAGCGAGGCACGGGACGGCGACGUCGUGAAGGGACAGUACAGCCUCGUCGAACCGGACGGCUCGGUGAGGACCGUACACUACACGGCCGAUCCGAUCAACGGGUUCAACGCCGUCGUCAGCAAAUCUCCAGGAGUUCACCCCAAGCCCGUACCUGUACAUGUACCAGUAAUAUCCAAACCGGAAGUGGAAACUAUAAAACUAAAUACGACAACGUUAAUGAAAGCCGGUAAAGAAUUAGGGCUCGAAAUGAACGCGGAUAAAACAAAAUCUGUGGUUAGCUGCAAAAAUGGCGAUACUACUGGUGAUAUCGAUAUAGAUGGUAAUAUGUUUGAACAGGUUGAGAAGUUUAGAAUAUUCGGAUCGAAGAAGGAUGAGUUAACCGGAGAGUUCAGACGGUUGCACAAAGCCGAAUUGCUUGAACUGUAUCCUGGUAAUAUAAUUGAGCCUCCUACGACUACGUGGAGGAUUACGGCCUCCACCAAGCCUACCACCCAGCGAUCCACGACUACCACGGAGCAGGCUACCAAUACUACUGAUCGUCCCCUCCGUCGGAAAGUCUCAUCAAGCGACACUUUUAUAUCACCAACCAACAUUUACGAGGAGAGAUACGCCAUUAAAUAUCAGGGACCGUGGUUGAGGGCAUCACUGGUAGCAUAUCCAUCCUUUAUAAAGUGGGUGCUUGAGCCUCCACUUUCUUGGGAUAAUGACGAAGUGGUACAUAAUCAACCACCUGCUCAUAAAGCAGUGGAUCCAACCCACUUCUCCCUGGAUAAAUCAGUGGUGGCCAUGGCCGUGGCCGUGGCCUUCCCCGUGGCCGCCGUAGACGUGAGGGUGAGCGCCGUGUCCGUGCUUCUUGACGACUGCGUUGAAGCCGUUCUUCUUGUCGGAGGUGUAGUGGACCUCCCUGGUCGAGCCAUCGGCCUCUUUGACUGUGUAGAACCCCUUCACCACGUCGCCGUCUCGGUGCUCCCAUUGCGACUUGAAGUCCUUGGAGUGGGGGUCGUGCACUGA